UAAAAUGUCAAUCGAUGUUAUUAAAUGGCCAUCCAUACAUAACAUUAAUACUGUCACAGAGAAAUUCAAAAAAAUAUCUGGUCUCAAAGAUGUUGUUGGUGCUAUAGAUGGAACAUACAUUGAAAUUCCAGCACCAUCUGAACCAAACACUCAGUGCUAUCUAACAAGAAAAUGCAGAUAUGCUAUUACCCUACAAGCAAUAUGUAAUACAGAUUUAUCUUUCACUGAUUGUUUCGCUGAAUAUCCUGGAUCUGUGAGUGAUAUCAGAGUUUUCCGCAAUUCAGACUUUUGGCACAAUGUCCACAAAAAUUAUCGUUAUUUUUUCCCCAACGAAGAAUUUAUCAUUGGAGAUAAAGCUUAUCCUAUACGCAAAUGGUGUUUGACAGCCUAUAGAGAUAAUGGCCAUUUGACAGAGAAGGUAGAGAAAACGAUGAAGCUAGAGAGAAUUUGGAAAGGAAUAAAAAUGAGCGGAAUGAAGAUCAUGAUGAUGAAGGUGUAGCAAGACGCAAUUAUAUUGCAAUACAUUUAUA